AUUUUCCUUGGAUCUGUAAAAAAAAUUGUGAACCAAUUUGACAAAAUCUUGUCUCCUUCCACCUCAAACCUUCCCCUCUGCAACAAUCAUUCUCCUUCCUCAGAUCUGUAAAAAACCCAAAAUUUUUAUAUUGAAAACUUCAAUUUUCCAGCCAUUUAAGUAAUUAAAGAAAAAUUCAAGAUCCAAAAACAAAUUGCUCAUGGAAGCAACCAUGCCCAACCAUUCAAGUAAUUAAUGGAAUAUGAGCUGCUCGUCCUACGCCGUCUUGCGCCACAACUUGCUCACACAGGCAGCCAUGCCCAGUGUCCUUGCGUCCACAUGCUUCAACACCUCGAACAACAGAUUCUCAUCUAAAUUCACAAACCCAGUUUCUUCACCUCGAACACGGAGGAGUAGCAGUGCCACGAGCACGUCCAAGAUGGACAAGGUGAGCGAGGUUGCUGAAAUGCCAGAUAUGGGCUUGAGAGAAGAAGAAGAAGGGAGAAGAGAGAGAAAUAAAGAAUAAGAAGAAGAAAGAAGAAGGAUGAGCAGGGAUGAGGAAAGGAGGAAAGGAGGAUGUUCAAGUACUUGGCCGGAGUGGACAUGCCAUAGAACCCAAAUUUGGGUUUGAUCAAACCCAGAUCUGGAGAGGAAGAAGAAGAGGGGAAGAGAGGAGAGAGAGAAAGAAUAAGAAAAGUUAAAAAAAGUC